CUUUUUUCGAAAAUAGGCCGAGAUGGUGGUCGUCAAUUUUUCUAAACGGUUGAACAACCUGAGAUCCGAGCAGCCUAGCGGCUUGGACACGGGCGGAGUUCGACUGGAGCUGAGUAAGGCCCUCGAUCUUUGGGCCAGGAAUUCGAAGCUCACCUUCCAGGAGAUCAACAGUGACCACGCCGACAUUCUGGUCUAUUUCCACCGGGGUUAUCAUGGAGACGGAUAUCCGUUCGAUGGCAGAGGUCAGAUCCUGGCGCACGCAUUCUUUCCGGGCAAAGAUCGCGGUGGAGACGCUCACUUCGACGAGGAGGAGAUAUGGUUGCUAGAGGACGAGAGCAACGAGGAAGGCACUAGUCUGUUCGCAGUGGCCGCUCAUGAAUUCGGCCAUUCCCUGGGAUUGGCUCACAGCUCGGUCCAAGGUGCUCUCAUGUAUCCCUGGUACCAAGGACUAAGCCCCAACUACGAGCUUCCGGAGGACGAUCGCCACGGGAUUCAGCAGAUGUACGGUGCUCCUGAAGGCAAACUGUGGGGCAAUAUACCAGGUGGUCCACUACCACCAGAGCAACCAACCCCACCAACGACUACGACGACGACGUCGACGACGACAUAUAGGCCUUGGAGGACGAGGCCCACCAGACCCAAUCACUAUCCGGAUGACGGCAGACCUCGACAACCAGGUCGUUAUCCACAGAAACCCGACUAUUGGCCGCACAAACCCCAUCGACAUCACACGACAUGGUCAACGACGACGACGACGACGACAACGACAACGAUGAGGCCCACACCGAGGUUUAGACAUCGAUGGACUCCACCACAGCGGGACGACGUGCCCGACAAAUGCGACACGAGCUACGACGCUAUCAGUAUCAUCCGCAGAGAGGUUUUCAUCUUCAAAGGACGAUAUUUAUGGCGAAUAGGCGAUCACGGGAUCUAUGAAGGAUAUCCGGCGGAGAUCACGAGGUUAUUCAAUCUGCCAUCGGGCAUCGAUCAUGUGGACGCCGUGUAUGAGCGACCGGAUAAGAAAAUAGUUUUCUUCAUUGGUCGCGAGUACUAUGUCUUCAAUGCCAACAAUCUGGAACCGGGUUAUCCAAAACCACUUACAUAUCUGGGCUUGCCAGCUUCCUUGAAGAAGAUUGACGGCGCCAUGGUGUGGGGUCACAACGGCAGGACCUACUUCUUCAGUGGCUCCAUGUAUUGGAGGUUCGACGAAUCUGUUAAUUAUGUGGAACUUGAUUAUCCCAGAGAUAUGAGCAUGUUCGCCGGCGUUGGCAAUGACAUCGAUGCCGUUUUCCAAUGGAAAAAUGGCAAGACAUACUUCUUCAAAGGCAAGGGUUUUUGGGAGUUUGACGAUCUCAGAAUGAGGGUUGCGCAUGAGAAACAAAAAUUGUCGGCCCCGGUCUGGAUGGGUUGUUCUCCGGAAGUGGAGACCAACGACAUAGAGACUAACCUACCCAGGAAGUCGAGCAUCGUCUCGGCUUCCGCCACUGUCGCCAUAGGAAAAAUUACGUUGAUAUUUGCCAUGAUUGCAGCGAGUUUAGUGAUGAGGAUAAUAUACGUGUAAAAAUGGAGAUUAUAUAACAUUACAUGUCCCUUCCAGCUGAUAAUGUACGACGGGGAGCAUUUUGUACCUCAUAUGAGAAUUUCUCGUGCGAAAUACGAAUACCAGAAAGUCAACCGGAUUCUUAAAGCGCGGACGUCGACAGAUCGGCAAACACAGGAGAUGGAAGACCAACCAACUGUUCGUAUACAUCGGUUGGAAUUUCAAAGAAAUGCCUGCGGCACGGAUGGAUCAUAGCUAACGGAAUCGAUUUCGUCGUUGAGCCUUCCGAUGGAGAGAUCGCGAUAGCAGUACAAACGAAGCUCCAAGAAUGAUAUCGAACUAAGUCACGAAACUACGUUUUCGAAGAUAUAUGAAAUGACUGAGAGAGACGAUGAAUUAUAACAUUUUAAAAUAUACGAUAUUACGAGGAAA